UAAUCAUUAUAAUAUAUAAUAUAAUAUUAUAUUAUUUAAUUCUUGUAAAAUGAACUAGUUGUACACAAAUUAAUUAAUUUUAAAUUCUUUGUUAAGAAAAAUGAAUAAUAUGUGUAAGAUCUAAUUGACUUAAACUACAAACAAAUAGUUAAAUUGUUAACGUUUAUUCACACUAAUGGAAUUGCCACAGUUGAUUGAUUUAAAAAAUGAAAGCAAUAGACUGGGUACAUUUACUGGUUGGCCAGUAUCAUUUAUCAUAACUCCAAAAAGUUUAGCAGCUGCUGGGUUCUAUUACACCAAGCAUACCGAUAAAGUUAAAUGUGCCUUUUGUAAUAUUUGUAUUUGUCACUGGGAAUUUGGUGAUAAUGCUGUCGAUGAACAUAAACGUCACAAUCCUAACUGUAGCUUUUUCCUUAGUCAAGAAUGUGGUAAUAUACCUAUUAUUGAAGGAAUUCAAUUGAGAGGAGAAUUUAUUGAAAAUCAUAAGGAAACUGGUGAACCAAUUGAUAUUCAAGGUUUGGGUGUAAGAGCACAUAGAGUAGCUUUUCAUUUAAAGUAUAAUUCAUUCAGUGCUCGAUUGAAAACAUUCAGAGGUUGGAAUAAUGAAUCACAAAAACCUGAAGAUUUAGCUACUGCUGGCUUUUUUUUUACUGGUAGUAAUGAUGAAGUUCGCUGUUAUUACUGUGAUGGAGGUCUUCAAAAUUGGGAGGUAGAUGAUAAUACAUGGGUUGAACAUGCAAAAUGGUUUCCAAACUGUGGCUUUUUAAAUUUAGUAAAAGGAGAACAAUUCUUGGAUGGAAGUUUAGUUGAAAGAUUUAAUGCACUUUUAAAUAGGCCUAGACCUGAUGACACAACAGAGGGACAAGUGGUUAGUAUACACCAAACCGAUAAUAUCUUACCAAACAAUAUGAGUUCUUCGACUAGAACUAAUGAGACCACUGAUCAGCAAAUUAGCGAUCUUAUGCUAUUACCUCCAGCACAAAUGGCAUUAGAGUUAGGCUUGCAACCAUCUCAGAUUCGACAAGCAAUUCGUAAUAAUCUGCAGGAUAUUGGUACACCUUUUCGUCCAAUGGAUAAUUUUAUGCGACAGGUUUUAAACCAAGAUCAAAAUUCAUUUUUUUCUAAUGGAGAUACAUUGACUUUGGAACAAAUUCUUCGGAGAGAAGAACCAGAACCAAUGGAUGGAAUAAGUAUUUCUCGUGAUGAUGAUACGUCUGAAGAAUCUAAUGCCUCUAGUAAUGAAAUUAAUAGAGAUGUGGUGUCUUUUAUGCCUGCUGUUUCUUCAAGUUCCAGUGAUUGCGAUUCUGAGAUAGAAGAAGCUGAAGAAGUAUCUGAAAUAUCUGAAAUAUCUGAACCUGUGGAUCAAAAUGAAAAUGAUACUUUUGAUAUUAACGAAUCUGCAUUUGUACCUGAAAGUGUUAAUUCCAGUCAAUCUAAUGAUAUUAAAAUUAAAGAAAAAGCUGAUGAACCAAUUGAUGAAUCUGCAAAUAAUAAAUUAUCUCAAAGAGAUUUAGAAGAAGAAAACCGUCGAUUGAAGGAAGCCCGCCUUUGUAAAAUUUGUGUUGAUCAAGAAUUGGGCGUUGUUAUGUUACCUUGUGCCCAUUUAGUUGCGUGCAUCACUUGUGCUUCUAGUCUACCAGAUUGCCCAUUAUGUCGACAGACCAUCAAGGCUACUGUUCGCACAUUCCUUUCUUAACGAUUUGCAAUAUAUUUACAAAAAACUUUACACUUAAUUCAUAUUUGUUGUGCAUAUAAAAACAUAAUACGUCUGAUGUAUAGAUUGUCUGUUGCUAUUUAUAUAAUAUUAUAUUGAAUGUUAACCACUAAAAGAAAAAAAUGAAAAAUUUGGUAGAAAUUUCACAUAUUUUAAUAUGUGAUAUGGCUGUUAUUUUGCUAUACUUAUAAUUGAUAAAUAAUUUUUUCCAACUAUAAUAUAUCAAUUUAGGUAGUACAAUUGAUAUUAUAACAUACACACAAACUAGUU